AUGGGUGUCGUGAAACAGCAAAAAAAUAAAACGAAAAAGGAGGAUCUGAAGAAAGACUUGGCUAAUGGGAAGCCAAAAGAUGUUAAUAAAAAAGUGAAAAAGAAAAAGUUUGUGUCGUGUUUACAGUGCAUCAAGCCCGGAAAAGAGGAUGGUGGCUUGGAAGGCAAAUACAGAGUAGCGGCACCAGAACUAAUGCAGGACACAUUCAUGAGCGACUCGGAGGACGAAGGAGGCGAGGUAGAGUGCCCAAUCCAACAGCAGCAACAAUACCGUUACAUGAACAGCGAGGCGGGUACGUUGCACAGAGCCAAGCCGCUCGAGGACACGGUCACCGAUGGACAUCUCUGGCCCAGCAACAAUGAUAGAAAGGUCGCCACCAUCGACCGGCAGCCACUGGACAUUGGUUUCCUGGUAUCAUUCGUGGUGGACGCGCGAGGAGGUGCGAUGAAGGCCAAGCGGCGUGGUGGCGUGCGCAUCAUAGUCCCUCCAGCCGCCUGCGCGGCGCCCACCCGCGUCACCUGCAGGGCUGCCACACGACGGGCGCCGGCCGCUGCCCCACCACCACUCAUGGAGGGAGAAGCCCUAGCUUCAAGGUUGCUUGAGUUACAACCACAGGGCGCUAAGUUCUUGGCUCCAGUGGUGAUCGAGGUGCCGAUAUACACAUCUUCAUGCCGCGAGCGAGAGAUUGUCGUACUGCGCUCUGACACCGGCGAGACCUGGCAGGACCACUACCUACACAACAAUGACAACCCACUGAUACAGGAAGCAUUACAACGCGAGCGCCAAGAGUACGGCGGCAACGAGACCAUAGGAGAGAGUGGGGAGCGAGUGACACGGAUCAUUACGUGCGACUUCCCUCACUACCUCGCCUGUGUGUCGCGAGUGAGGCAGGAGGUCCAUGUCAUCGGGCCCGAGGGAGGCACCAUCUCCAGUGCACAUAUACCACAGGUCCAAGCCCAGUUCCCUGCAGCGGCGCUGACAAAGCGCAUCCGCGUGGGUCUGCAGGCGCAGGCGGCCAGCGCCGCGCAGUGCCGCCGCGUGCUGCCGCGGCACGCCGCCGUGUCGCCCGUCUUGACGGUGGAACCACGGCGACGCAAGUUCCAUCGCUCCAUUACGCUGACUGCACCGUUGCCGGCUUUACCUGACAGCACAGAGAAACCAUCGACGUCCAACCUGCGCUUGCUAUGCUCCAUAAUGGGCGGGCAGGCGCGCGCCGUGUGGGAGGACGUCACCGGCUCCACCCCGCUCACCGUCACCGACGACUGCGCCUCCUUCACUACCACGGUCUCGGCGAGAUUCUGGAUGAUGAACUGUCAAAAUGUCAGCGACGCUACCAAACUGGCCACAGAAUUGUACAGAGAGAUGUUGCUAGUUCCGUUCGACGUGCGUAUAGUGGUGCUGGGCAAGCGACUGGACGCGCUCGAGGGACGACUGCUCGUCAUGACCAUCACUGACAGAUACGCAUAUGAAACUCUACUGCAACAGGAACACUACACAGAAGUGGCCCACUCGACAUCAGUUCGAUUCCUGGACGGUAAAGACGUGUACCUGGAGUUCUCUGGCAACCUGGUGCCUGUCACCAAGUCUGGUAGUCAACCCAUGCUGACUUUUGAGGCUUUCAAAGAUAAUCGCGUAGAGUUCACAGUGCGCGUCAAGCACCACGAGGAGAACCCAUCAGGCAGGAUCUACUUCAUGAAUGAACCUAAGGUCCCCAAGGGCGAGCAGUCCCAGACCCCGGCCUGUGUACUGGACGUGGAGCUGCCGGAGCGCAUCGCACCGCGCGCUGGGAAGAGCCAAGUCGACUACCUCAACUUGGACCAGUCUGGAUUCGACGCACUGAAGGAUGAGCUCAGCUUCCACUGGAGCGGCGACCAUAAUAAUAGCCUGGGACCUGCCUCCCUGCCAUACUCACAUGACCGACAGGUCAAUGGACAUGACAAGAUCAUUACAAACGGCGACGUGAAAUACCAAACGAAAGAAACUGAUGAUAGCAAAGAUUCUAAACCUCAAGUCAACGGCGGCGCUCUUAACGUAGACUCAAACAAGACUAAAGCAACAUUCGAUUCAGACGAAGAUAAGACCCCAAUGAACACCCUCGAGAAGGGCAAGAAGAAGCCAGAAGGAAGCGUGGGCUUCCUUGGCGGCCUCGCAGACAAGGUCAAAAACGUCUUCAGCCAUAGCGAAGACAAGGAAGAUGAGAAAGAAACCUCUCCCAAACCACAGCCUAAACCUAGAGAAUCUAAGGAAAGGGACUCCAAAGAAAAGGAUUCCAAGGAAAAGGAUCCUAAAGAAAAGUCACCACCCAAACCUGCCCCCAGACUCAUCAGCGAAGACCUCUUAGGUAAAAUCGACGAUGUGUUCAAAGAUCUUAAAACUGCACCCAAUCAGAAAGGAGAUGAUGAUAUUAGCAACCACGUUUACGCAACAAAACUGGUUGUUGAUGAAGAGAACUCAAAACCCAUCGAAGAUAAUCUCUAUGAACAGUAUGAACGCAUGCAACCAGUUGAUACACCAGUGUGCACCCAGAAAACAGAUCCGUUCCAAUUCUACGUCGGAUGCUGCGAAGGCAAAUAUAAGAAGGGCCAGAAACACCGACAUGAUGAAACCUCUAACGUCGUCGACAGGAUAGAACAAGUCCACUUUGCAGCACACGAGAAACUACAUGAUGUGUCUGAUAAAGUUCAUGGUGAUUUAGCAGAAGGCUUAUGCAUCAUUGAAGAUGAAAAGGACAAAAUUAAACUCAAAGCUGGUGAUGCAGCGAAUGAUCUACUCGGUGAUCUUGAGAAAGCUAAUUCUGGUACUCAGGACAAAUUACACGAACUAGAAGAUGGUGCUCGCAGUAAACUUAGCGAUAUCUCGGAAUCUGCAGAGAAAGUUAAAGAUGAUGUUAAUGCUAAAGCUGAUGAUUUGAAGACUAACGUUUCUUCUGAAGUUGAAGACGCUAAGACUUCCGCUAAAAACCUCGUUGAUAACGUUAUCCAUCAAGCUGGCGUUGUGAAAGACGAUAUCAACAGUAAAGCUAUGAUGCUUAACUUCAUUGCUAUGGAAAGGGCUGAAGAAACAAAGCUCCGAGAUGGUGAGAAACUAGCUCAAGUAGGGAAGGCAGCUGAAGGUGCUGCCAACAAUAUUAAGCACAAAGCACAAGAUGGCGCUAAUGCAGUUUCAGAAGCUGUCCAUGACGCUAAAGAUGCUAUCAAUAGCAAAGCUCAAGACGUUAAAUCAGGAGCUAAGGAUACAUUAGACAAUGCGAAGGCAUCUGCUAAUGAAAAGCUCCAGUCUAUGGGCGACUCUUUAGAGGGAGUCAAGGAAAAAUCGAAGAAGGAGCUAAAGAAAGAGGCCAAAGAAGCCAAAAAGAAGGCGAAGGAAGGCAAAAGCUUUUUCACCGGUCUGGUUCACAAUAUCUUCGGAGAAAAGGAAAAACUCGAAGAAGAGGUGAAAGGUAAAAUCGCUGAAGGCAAAGAAUCAGCCAACCAAGCCUUAGACAAAGCUGCUGCGAAGAAAGAUGAGCUGCAAGAUGCUGUCGCCAAGAAACAAGGUGAACUUAAAGAAGGAGCUGAACAACUAGCACACAGCGCAGAAGAGGCGAAGAAGCAAGCCGAGAAGGCGGCACAAAACAAGAAAGAUGAAAUUGAAAAAUCUAUUCAUGACAAAACAUCUGAAGCUAAGCAAGCCGUUGAAUUAAAAACUGGCGAGAUCAAAGCUUCAGUUGAGGGAAAAGUCGAUGAGGUAAAAGGCGCUAUACACGAGACAGCAGCCGCUGCCCAAGAAAAAGCCAGCGAAACCAAAGACGCCAUUAAGAACAAAGCCAAUGAAGUUGGUAACGCAAUCAAUGAAACUGCUUCAGAAGUAGGACAGGCUAUCCAGGAUAAAACAGCCGAAGCUAAAGAAGCUGUAGUUGACAAAUCAAAGCAAGUCAAAGAUUCUAUCCAAGAAACCGCUGCUGAUGUAGGUCAUUCCAUCCAAGACAAAACCGUCAGCUUUAAAGAAUCCGUGACUGAUGAGGCAACAAAACUAGGAGCUGCUAUCCACGACAAAACUAGCCAAGCUAAAGAAAAGGCCAGUGAAGUAGGACACGCAAUUAACGAUGAAGCAAACAAAUUCGGACAAACAUUACAGGAAAAAACUUCGGAAGCUAAGGAUAAGGCCAAUGAAAUUGGACAGGCGGUACAAGACAAAACUGCUGAGGCAAAAGACAAGGCAAAUGAAUUUGGACAGGCAAUACAAAACAAGACUGUUGAAGCUAAAGAUAAGGUGAAUGAAUUUGGACAAGCGAUACAAGACAAAACAGCUGAGGCGAAAGACAAGGCCAGUGAGAUCGGACACUCAGUGCAAGAUGGCGCUAACAAAGUUGGACAAGAAAUCCAAUUCAAAGCCAGCGAAGCUAAGGACAAAGCGAGUGAUUUUGGUAAUGCUAUCCACGACACAUUCACUGGCUUUGGAAGCGCAGUACAUGAAACGGCUAGCAAUGUAGGCAACAACAUUCAGGAUACAGCAAGCAAUGUCGGACAUGCGAUCUACGAUAAGACCUCAGAAGCUAAGGACGCCGUACAAGAUAAAGCUGGAGAAAUUAGUCACGAAGUACACGAGAAAUCCCAUGGUUUUGGAGAAGCCAUCAAGGACACGUUCAGCGGUAUCGGUCACGCUAUCAGUGAAACAUUCAGCUUUGGACAUGACAAAGCAGAAGAAGCUAAGGAUUCAGUUAAGGAAAAGGCUUCAGAAAUCAAAUCAUCAGUUGAAAGUACAACCGGCGAAUUGAAAGACGCAGCACAAGACAAAGCCAAUGAAGUAUCAAAAGCAGUUCACGACAAAACAGCAGCUGUAAGUAGUGCGAUACAAAGCAAAACUGACGAAUUCGGACAGGCCUUCCAUGAUCAGAAAGACGCAGCGAAAAGCGAAUUAGACAGGAUAAGACAAGAAGCUGAACUCGCGACAGAACAAAUCAGUAAAACAGCAGAAGAUGCGAUAAAUUCCGCAUCAAACAAAAAAGGAGAAAUACAAACUAGUGUAAGCAAUAAGUUCGAUGAUAUCAAGCAUUCAGGACAAGAGGAAUUUGAAUUCUUACAACAAUCGGCUGCUGACAAAGCGAGCGACCUGCAACGGUCGUCGAAACAGGCAUUCGAUCACGCUAAAGACUCAACCUUGAGUACUUUCGAUAAGGUCGAAAGUUCGGCGAAGGACAAAGUGAGCGAGGCCAAGGACAAGUGGGAUGAGAUGCAGAGCUCGACCAGAGACACGUUCGCCUCCAUGAGGGAUGACGUACAUAGCCUGGGCAGCUCUGCUGAAGAUACUCUUCAUUCCUUCCAGAGUUCAGCCGGUAACACCUUCGACAGUCUUGAUGAUUCGGCGAAGUUAGUUCUGUCAGAUACACAACAACACGUUGAAGAGAGUUCGAAACAGUUGUUCGGUGACGCAAAGAGUAGUUUUGAGGGUUUCCAAGUAUCAGCUGAUAAUAAACUUGAAGAGAUCAAGGGUGCAGGCAAGGAGGGAGUAGAGGCUGUUGGUGACAGACUGGGAGAGGUCGCGGAGGGCGUGCGAGGGGCUGAGCAAGCUGCAACAGAGGCGGUCGCGAGAGAAGCAGAUAACUUUACAAGCAGUCUGAACAAUUUGGGCAGUUCUGUCUUCGGUUCUUCAGGCAAAGGAUUUAUGAAGGAUUCGACCACCAAGUUACUGGAGUCUGAAAAGUCACAAAGUUCCCCACACAAGAAGAGUUCCGGGAUACCGAAACUAAAGAGGAAGAAAUAA